CGUGAGGAGGUUAGUGCGCUCCUGCGUUAUGGAGCUCAGCAAAGCAAUUUCAACAAUUCUUCAAAGAUGACCGUGGGGUUUACCGGAAUAACAAUAUGGAAGAGCAUCGCCACAACACAGUCAACUACAUAUUACUUAAGCUGAAGGAGCUGAGCUUGGUGAGACGCACAACUCGUGCAGGCACCGGCCAGAGGAAAAGCUUCAUCGCCACAACAUCGCCUACACUGCCACGAUGUCACUCGCCUCUCACCCAGAGUCCGAUGGAGUCACCCCGCAACCAGUCACCCAUGCAGCACUUCCCGUUUGCGCCGCUCAAGAGGGCGGAUGGCAGACGCUGGUCGGUCGCCUCGCUGCCUUCAUCGGGCUACGGCACCACCCCGGGCUCAUCCAAUGUCUCGUCGCAAUGCUCGAGUCAGGAGCGCCUGCACCAAGUGGGCAUCACGUCUUCUGCAUGUGUGCCCGUGACAUCAGUGAGCCUGAGCUGCAGUGCUGGUGGUGGCGCGAGUGGUCUAGCCACAGCCACUGGGAGCAUAUCCACCUCUGGUGUUGAGGAAAUACGGCACUUGCACACUCCACAACACCCUCGCCAUCAUCACCAUCAUCAGACUCACCACCAACGCCACUUUUCAUCAGGCGAAAGCAACCCGUCCAUAGAGGACGAUGCUGGGCGGAGAUCACCGAUGAUGCGGCCCCGGUCGCGCUCCCUCAGCAGCCCCAUACGAUCGCCUGUGGUAGACAACGAGAUCAUCUUGAUGAACACGCUUUAUAAAGAACGAUUUCCCAAGGCGACACAGCAGAUGGAGGAGAGGCUGGACAAGUUCAUCCAGAGCCACGCGUCUCUGGACCUUGACGCCCAGGAUGAAACUCUCCCCCCAGACGGAGUUGCCAUAGCAAGAUUUGUUCACAACCAGGUGACACAGAUGGCGCGGGACUGUCUGCAGAAGAGUCAGGAGAAGCUAAUAACGAGUCGCUACUUCUACGAACUCUCGGAAAACUUGGAGAAACUUCUCUCCGAGACGCGAGACAAGUCAGCGGAGGCGGCUGUGCACCUAACGUCGCUCAUCAAGAAGCUGCUGCUGAUCGUCGCUCGGCCUGCACGUCUGCUGGAGUGCCUGGAGUUUGACCCCGAGGAGUUCUACCAUCUCCUGGAGCAGGCCGAGGGACAGGCGCGCUGCACACAGGGCAUCACCACCGACAUCCCUCAGUACAUCAUCACCAAGCUGGGGCUCAAUAGGGAUCCUCUCAUAGAACUGAGCAACGAGCUGGCGGGCGGGGAGGAGUGUGAGGACAAGGCGUGUUACACACCAGGCACUCCUACAGGAGAUAAGACAAGCCCCGAGAAAAGUGGCGCGGGUAGCGGGGUGUUCACUAGCACCCCUACACAUGGGGGAGGUACUCGCAACGCUGCUGCCUCACAGCGACCUACUGCCUUCAUAAACCCCAAGGAUGAAGACUUCGAGUGGAUUAAGUUGAUAUCAAACGGCGCGUAUGGGGCCGUUCAUCUUGUGCGUAGUCGUGAAACAAAGGAACGAUACGCAAUGAAGAAGAUCGCCAAGCAGAACUUAUUACUCAGGAAUCAGGUGGAACAAGUGUUCAACGAGCGCGACAUCAUGAGCUUCACGGACAACCCGUUCGUGGUGUCUAUGAUUUGCAGCUUCGAGACUAAACGGCACUUGUGUCUCGUUAUGGAGUACGUGGAGGGUGGAGACUGUGCCUCGCUCCUUAAGUCCAUAGGGCCGCUCUCCCUCGACAUCUCGCGCUUCUACUUCGCCGAGACCGUCCUUGCUGUUGAGUAUUUACACAGUUAUGGAAUUGUUCACCGGGAUCUCAAACCGGACAACUUGCUGAUCACAGCGCUAGGCCACAUCAAACUCACUGACUUCGGCCUCAGCAAGAUGGGGCUCAUGUCCCUUGCCACGAAUCUCUACGAGAAUUACUUGGAGAUGGAGACCAAGCAGUUCUCAGACAAACAGGUCUUCGGCACUCCUGAGUACAUCGCCCCGGAAGUCAUUCUUAGACAAGGCUAUGGCAAGCCUGUGGAUUGGUGGGCUAUGGGCGUUAUUCUGUAUGAAUUCCUGGUUGGCUGCGUUCCAUUUUUCGGGGAAACUCCUGAAGAACUCUUCGCUCACACUGUUAAUGAUGACAUCGAGUGGCCGGAAGAGAGUGACUGGCCCGUGGACGACACAGCAAAGGACCUGAUCACGGCGCUACUCACGCACAACCCCCUGGACAGACUGGGCACCGUAGGAGGCGCCGCUGAAAUAAAAGAACAUCCUUUCUUCCAGCCCAUCGACUGGAACCAAAUCCUCAGACAGAAGGCCGAGUUUGUGCCGCAUCUCAUGGAUGAUGAUGAUACCAGCUACUUCGAUCCUCGCUUGGACCGCUACAACCACGAGGUGGACGAAGACAGCGAGGAAGGCCUGGACUUUGAGAGCCUCAACUCCUCCGGACAAUUUUCGUUCGCUGCUUUUUCGUCGGCCUCUCCUCGUUACUCCCGCGGCAGCAGCUUUAACAACGCCGCCGUUAGUGCAGGUGGUGGCGUAUUCCAGCCCAUUCCGCUUCACCGGCGCAGUUUUGGUGGACAAACAUUGGCAGAAAUGGAAGCUGGUGAUCGGGAAAAGACGCUCAAGUGUGGCCUCAACAUAAGUAAUCGCUCUAACAUGUCCCGGGAAGACUCCGGCCAUAGCGAUCAGAGUGAAAGCUCGCGGUCAACGCUAGAUUCAUCGACGAAUACGCCUGAUAAGGAAAAGCCACAUUCGGCUCCUAAUUUAGCUAAACUCGCUGACCUGAGGCGGCCUGAUUUAGAUGAUCAAAAGGCUGAUUCAGGAUCUGAUGGCUUGAGGUCUUCAGAGGAAAAAGAAAUCGUGGCUUUGACUUCAAGAAAUCGGUCGCCAGCAAGCAGCGGGUGUCUUGAUGGUCCGGAAUCUGGGUGUCGGCGGAAGGAGAGGGUGGAGCAUGGAUCUUUUGAUACAGAAAAGAAGAGAGCGCGGAAAACCCCAAUCGUUCCUCCCAAAAAUACACCUGAAAGCCCUGCGAGAUUUGGAAUCUCUAAUGAUCAUCGUUCUAUGCCAUCACUUUGUGACCUUGACGUAAGCAGCGGAAGCACGAGCCUCGUCUCCAAGGACUACUCCUCCGUGCCGUCCCUGCCUGCGCUGCCGCGAGCUCUACGACCCGCCGCUGCUUCCAACAUCGGUGCGACGAACACGCCCGAGUCGUCGCAGACGGAGAGCGAGGACGUGUCGCCGCUGGUGCAGCGCCGGCGCAAGGCACAUGCCGGCCACCAGACACGUGACGGCGGCGCUGCGCCGGCGCUGCUGCUGCCGCGCUUCUCGGUGUCUGGGGAGGACCACUGGGACUCCUGGACGCCUGUAGCGCCCACUACGAGCGCCAACGGCGACAGCAGCACGGGCACACAAAGCAGCGGCGGCAGCACCUGCAGCAUCACCGCUGCUGGGCGCGAGUUGUCACCAGUUGCUGAACGCAUCCCGCGCUCUCAUCCCUCUCAACAAACUGAUAAUGUUUUCACCAGCAAGACGUUGUCAUCUUUUGCCAAGGUCCCUACAGCUUUAGCAAAGUCUAUGAGCACGCCUGCUGUGGUGCCUCCGUGUUCUCCUAGCUUUUCUUCUAAAACUUUCGCUGAAAGAAAAUCAAGCAUUGUUAAGACACAGCCAAGUCCCCCCAAGGGCAUCAACUCAGCGCCAAGUCUCAGUCUCCUGGCCAACUCCAGCAAGCGUCUCGUGUGUCCCAGAGUGAGCGUCCCUGCGGUGCCGUCCCCGACCUCCACGAGACCGCGCACGCGCACUGUCAUCAAAAGCUCUUCGGCUUCUGGACUUGCGCUCAUCAUACCACCUACACCAAGCUCGUGGUGUUCUCCAGAAGACCUGGGCGGGCUGCCCUUGCAUCACUAUCAUCCCCACUAUCAGCUACUGAACCACCCCAAUGCCAUCCAAUCCCCUGGGGGCUCGAGCACGGCCUCCUCCCGUGACGCCUCCCCUUCACGGGAGAUCUCCCCGCUCGUCAACUCCCUGAAGCCUCCCAUCAUCCUGCGCCGCGGACCUCAAGGCUUCGGCUUCACCGUGCAAGCCAUCAAAGUCUACAUCGGCGAGACCGACUUCUACACCGUCCACCAUCUUGUCAAGGACGUUGAUCAGAAGAGCCCUGCGUUCGAGGCCGGACUGCGACCGAACGACCUGAUCACGCACAUCAACGGGGAGGCGAUCCACGGUUACUUCCACACACGCGUCCUGCAGCUGCUGCUGCAGUGCAAGGAACACGUGUCGUUGAGGGCCACGCCGCUCUCACAGACCUCCAUCAAGUCUGGGGAGAAGCGCAACCCUCAAGCGGCCAAGUUGUUCAAGCGGCACUCGAAGCAGCGGCGCCCCAAGAAGGAGGCGAGCGACAAGCGCCGUAAGCCCUCCUCCCUCAUCAGGAAGAUCUCCAGCAAACGCGCCUCUGCUGUCGACCUCAAUGCUUCCAGCGGACCUCACUCGGCUCCAGUUAGAGCUGCUGAUUUUGUCCCGCACUUUGCACAGUCUUUGUUCGGAACGAGCGGCUUGAGCUCUCCGGUGGUGUUAACGCCCAGCAAGAGCUUUACGUCGCUAAGUCGGACGAUCUCAGCAGGAGACACCGCCGGAGUGGCCUCCCCUACACGCUGCAAGUCCCCUCAUCUCUCCUCCCCAGCAAUACUGGCCAUUAAUCCUGAACCAUCGAAUUCAUCUGCAUCUUCUUCUCCUUCGUCGUCGGUGCCCAAUUCCCCGGCGUCCUCGUCUACAUUACAUCAAAGACCGUCUUCUUUGCACGUCAUUAACCACAAAGUUCCAAAUGUUAAGAACUUCCGGUCUCCCAAUAGGAGAAAAUCAGUUGGCCAUGUUCCCGUGUCUCCGUUAGCGCGAACGCCAUCUCCUUCCCCCAUGCCUUCUUCCCCUACCCGCUCCCCUUCCCCACACGUGCCUCUGCACCAUCACCACCCACAUCACCACCAUCACCACCAUCAUUAUCAUCAUUGCCCUGGGUCAUCUAACACCACCCAGACGUACUCACCGGGCUCAUCUCUGACCCCGGGCAAAAAGUGCAUCAAUAGACCUAAAAGCGCAGAGCCUGGGUCUCCUCUUCUGAGACGUGCCCUCUCACCGGAUCGUUUACAUCCUAGAUCUGCCGAGAUCAAAACGACACCCACCAUCAGUCCUCUUGCGACGCCACCUAAGACUGCAACAUCUACGCCACCUCGUCUCACUAUAAGCUCGAGUACCGUGACCGCAGGGAUUGAGUCCAAUUCCUCCCCUAGUGGAGGAAUAAGGUCCCCUAUCCCUACGAUGCUGACACAAAGGUUCAGUCCUGCGUGCACCUUGGAAGAAGCGCCCGAAGAGCUCGACUCUCCCGACAGAUCGACGUCGCCAAGCGUUCCUGCUCCACCAGGAGUGAACGUGUCUUUGCCUAGCGCUACUGCAGCUCAGGGCUCACACACGACCAGCGUAGAAAUCCACCCUCCUAUUUCCAAUGUCAUCGAAAAUAAAUCUCUAUGCGCCCUUGUUGCUGAACAAAGCAACUUUGUUGGCAGUGCAAGCAGUCACAGUAGCUCAUUCAGCAGCAAUAACAGCAGUACGAGCUGCAGCGACUCCACUGGAGAAAGCAAUGUUAGUCCAAAACAAGCAAGCGGUGAUACCAGGGAAGAAGGAGUACAAGAAGAGGCAGAGAGUGACGAAGAACACAACUCAGACUGCAAGAGAACCGCGCAAGAAAAAAGAGAACUUUUCAAAGCUCUUAAAGAUCCCGCCUAAUUUGGUUAUUGUAUGGUUCCAUGACGCUAUAGCUCCUGCAAAACCGACAUACUUCAAUUCUAUCAAUAUAUUAAACCGAUCUAGCUAUUUUUGAGACUGGUUUACUGGAUCAUACUAAUUUAUAAUUCGUUAUUGUUUAUAAAUGUGUCGGUGAGAUGCCUGCCUUUUCAAUUACGCUUAAGUAAACCUACGUUUAUUGAGAAUCAUAGAGAAUGCAUUGAAUGCCGGCGUAGCAGUCAAAGCCUGAAUAGGGAUGCUGUACCGCAUUAAGUUUCCAUCCAUGAAUGAAGAAAAUUUAGAAGAAUCGGCGUUACGUGUCGUAUAUUAUACGUGGCAAACGCGGUUCAAUGGAUGACUCAAGGUUGUGCGUUGCGAGUAAAACCUCUUGUGCUCUGUUGACUCAUACAGCCACAUGAGGAAAUUUCGCUUUGAUAUAUGAAUGUUGCUUCUAGAUUUUCUUGUCUUGAUAAUUAUUUUCAAGAAAUAAGUUCUACCUUGUUUCUGUUUUCUAGUUCAUGUUCUAUGUUUGUGUCUAUCUUAUUGAUGGUAGCGUUAGUUUGUUCUCUUGUGGUGAGUGUGUCGUCGAAUGAGAGCUCUGUGCUCUACAGUCUACACUUGUUUUUUUUUUACUGCGCCCCACUUAUUGCCUUGAGUGGUAGCUCUCUCGUAUGUGUACUAAAUUCCAGCAGCCGAAUAUCUCACAGCUGAGUCUCGGAGUAGCAUUAUUCUACUCAUGUAAUAUCUUCUUCUUUUGUCCACUUUCUGAGGACUUUGUUCUUCACCACUCGUCUCACGUCCAGACGGGACCCUGUAGUAUCAAUGCCAAACUCUGCGUACUGUAAGAACCAAAUUCUCAGGACAAAAAUAAUUCUCAUAGGCAGCAGUAGUUCUCACAUACAAAUGUUUAUCAAUCGGUUGAUUGAAUUUACAUUAACAGUUGUUGAAAUUUUUCUUUAAUUUUUAGGGGAUAUUGAGUAUGUUGGCAUCAAUGAACGUGUUUCAUGAUUUGCACACUUGGUUCACGAGCUAUUAUGUGUGUGGGAGAGUCUCCCAAUUUGUGAUACCGACCAUGACUUGCAUUUCAUGUAUUUAUGCGUGAGAAAUAAUUAAAUUGCUCUCAUGUUAGUUUAGUAGAUAAGGAUUUCACUCAGUAGUCUGUGUAAGGACAGUCUUUGUGCGUUGCUUAUUAAUUGUUCUAGUGCUACGUUAACUUAUCGGACCAUCUUAAUCCUACUAGGGAAGUAACUCGACUUAGUCCUGUUGAUUGCUCCAAAUAUUCUGACACUUGCGUGCUGUAGUUUUCAAAUAAUUAGAAUAUUGUUGAAGCAUUUACUGGUAUCGGCCAUUUACAGUUCGCUCUCAAAGGUUUGCCGUUUAAAUUUUUAUAGUGAAUUGCCUCAAUUUCACCCUUGCUACCGUAUUCAAUGUUAUCUGACCUCAGAUAAUCUGCUAGGCAAAUUUAUUUACGGCUUAUUGAUCAGUGCUGAGCACCUUCUUGAAGCCCGUUCAUGGAAUUAGUCUGUGUUCAUUAUAAUGCUUGUUAAAGAACUGUUCGAAGCUUAACCCUUCUCUAUGAACCAUACUUUUGUAAUCCCUUGUCUCUAGUAAUAUAUCGCAAGUUGUGUCAAGUUCACAGCCGACAGUUGCUUGUGUAUCUCCCUCCAAUCAUUCCGGUUCGUCUUCUCUAAAUCAUCAUCACCUUGUGUCAAGAAUUUUCUUGUGACGAGCUUCGAAGCUGAGGCUUGCGGACCGUGUUUGUACAUAUAGAGAAAUUAGAUAUUUUUCUGGUGAUUCAUGUCUAUAUAGACUUACCUGUACAUAGAUAUUUUGUAAAUAGUAUAUAUAAGAAAUGUUGAUAUAUGUUAUUAUUGUAUAACGUGUACAAUCCUGACGGUGCUUUGUCGUCUCCUGACUCCUACGGCCAACGUCUACUAAUGAUGCCAAGAUAUUCACGAAACACCCCUUGCAUUUCGUGCACAUAUUGAGCUCUAAUUUUAUUCAUGAAACUGUAAGUGUCUUGACCUAUAUUAUUCAUACCAGCAUAAUUCUCCUACUAUUAUUACUACUAAUCCUUCUAUUGCUGUCCGCUAUUUUCUCGUCAAUAUUGUUGGAAUCAUGUUUAUCGAUUCGAAUCGUCACAUUCAAAUGUCAUUAGGGUUUAUUAUUUUUUCUUUCUUGUCAAUUUUUAUAUGCUGUUUUCAUUUAGACCACCAUGUUAUUUCCUUCUGCUAAAUAUGACUGCUUUUCAUUUCUCUUUUAAUUAGUUCUUUCAUGUCCCCAUGAAGCAAACCUUUUUUAUUUAUUUGUACUUUUUGGAUAAAGUAUAACGCAACGGCCGCCUCAGCCAUUUUCUUUCGUAAGUCCAGAUAUUCUAUUUUCUAAUUCCAAUUUUAUUGUAAUUAUUAUAUUAUCCGUGAAAUCCUCGGUUAAAUUGGAACUCUGGCCGUGCUGUAAUUUCCCUCUGCUAUAACGUAGAGUUAAUCUAUUAUCUCUGUCUAGAAUGAUUACUUUGUUCUCAGUCAAUACAAUACAAGAAAAAUAGAUCUUUAUGCACCAUUUGCUUUGAGUCAACAUCCUGUUCGUGACCAGCGGUUAAAAAAACUUCUUCAUUUAUUGCUUCUCGCGUGGCAGAGUAGUUUAACUUGCAUGCAUUUUGCUAAUACAUUCUCGUUGCCUUCUGGUUUGGCGAGAUUUAUGCUUCAAUAAAAAUUCAUCAUUUUAGCGACUUGCAAAUUAUCUUUGCCGUGUGCAAGUCAUCAGUGUAACUUUGAAGCCGCUAGAGAACAAUAAAGUUCUCCAGGAACUCUCUCACUUGUCGCUAAGCUCGCGUGUUUCGUUAAAUGUAUUGCGCCAUUGUUGAACUCGUGUGAUGAUGUAUGUACUAGACCACAGGACGAUGAUAGAUGCUAUCUGCUGACGCUUGUGCUGCCCAUACUGACGCGUUCCUGUUCUUGAUGAUAUUCCUUGUUUGUACCGUUUAGGGGAUUGUGCUGUAAAUGGUGAAACAACUUCAAUAUGUGAACUGUUGCACUCGAGUAAACAUUAUAAUUGACUACGUAUGAUAGUUAUGCUCAUCCAUUAAUAUAAAUUGUGAUAAUACUCAAUGUGUUUGAAUGCAACUAAGCUUUCUUCAAUUACCAUUUGCUUAUGCCUACAUGGUAUCGUUAAAUUGAAAACUUGUCCCCAUCACUGUGAAUAAUCGAGAUCUGGAAAUAUAUUUUAUUCUCGCUUGCCACUGACGUAAAGCUUAUUUGAGGCAGGCGUGCUCAGUCAAGUUGCAAGCGUUACGCUCUUAAGAACUAUAGUAUAAUAGAAUAAAUUUUGGUUACGUGCCAAUCGGAAAUUUAUUUGGUUGUCUUCGAUUAAUGACCGCUGUUAAAAUAUUAAUGUUGAUUGUGUC